UAAUAAUCCGUAUUUAUAUGGCGGCGGUUCCUCAAUUACCGGCUACAGUACAAACUCAGGCGGCUGUUACAGCGGCGACGACUGUUGGAGUAACGCCACCACCGUCUCCGCAUGUGGUGGGAGGAAUGGGUGGUGGUGGUGUUGGUGUUGGUCAAUAUUCGCUGUACGUCGGGGAUCUGGAUACGACGGUAGAUGAAGGACAAUUGUAUGAAGUUUUUAAUCAGGUUGCACCAGUGUUGUCUGUUAGGGUUUGCAGAGAUCAACGGCGAGCGUCCCUUGGUUACGCUUACGUGAACUUCACUUCUACCCAAGAUGCUACUACUGCAAGGGAGUUGUUGAAUUUUACUCAAGUGAAUGGAAAACCUAUGAGGAUAAUGUUUUCUCAUAGAGAUCCUAGUUUGAGGAAGAGUGGGUAUGCUAACGUGUUCAUUAAGAACCUGGACUCGUCGAUAGAUAACAAGGCUUUGCAGGACACUUUUGGUGCCUUUGGAACAGUUCUUUCCUGCAAGGUAGCUGUUGAUAGUAGUGGUCAAUCAAAAGGCUAUGGUUUUGUACAGUUUGAUCAGGAUGAAGCUGCACAGAAAGCAAUCAAUCGACUAAAUGGUAUGUUAAUAAAUGAUAAGCAAGUGUAUGUUGGCUACUUCAUUCGUGGUCAAGAAAGGAGAGGAACUGUUUGUGAUAAAUUCACAAAUGUUUAUGUGAAAAACCUACCAGAAUCCACUAGUGAUGAAGAUCUGAAGAAACUUUUUGAGAAGUACGGCACAAUCACCAGUGCUCUAGUUAUGACAGACUCUAGUGGGAAAUCCAGGGGUUUUGGGUUCGUGAAUUUUGAGACAUGGAAUGCUGCAGCCUCUGCAGUUGUAGAACUGAAUGGUAGUUCUUUGAAUGAAAAGGUUCUGUAUGUUGGCAAGGCACAGAAGAAAUCAGAGCGGGAAGCAGAUCUUAGAGUCAAAUUUGAACAAGAACGAGCUAGUCGAUUUGAGAAAUUAAAAGGUGCUAACUUGUAUUUGAAAAAUCUGGAUGACAGUGUGAAUGAUGAAAAUCUGAAAGAAUUAUUCGUAGAGUACGGAACCAUAACAUCCUGCAAGGUGAUGCGCGAUGCAAAAGGGAGUAGCAAGGGUUCUGGAUUUGUUGCCUUCUCCACCCCAGAGGAAGCUACACGAGCAUUGAAUGAGAUGAACGGCAAGUUGAUAGGAAGGAAACCAUUAUUUGUCGCUGUUGCCCAGCGCAAGGAUGAAAGAAGAGUGUGGCUACAGACACAUUUUGCUAGGAUGCGACCAACUGGGCUAAUGACUCCUCCUCCUGGAGGUAUGCCUGGGUAUCACACUGGGGCACCUCGACUUGCACCUCCGCAGGUCUACUUUAGUCAAGGUGUAGCAACUCAAGCUGCUGGAUUUGGCUUCCAGCAACAAUUCAUGCCCGGACUUCGUCCAGGUGUUGGUCCGAAUUUCUUCUUGCCCUAUCAGUUUCAGCAUCAUCAAGGACAACACGGACGUAUUGGUGGAAGGAGAGGAGGAUAUCCUCAACAGCAGCAUCAGUGGAGCUCUGGUCAAUUCAAUCCGAAUGGACGAAAUGGCAUGCAUCCUAGCAUCCCUCAAGGUAUGAUGGGAUCAAUUAUGCGAGCACCAUUUGAUGCUUCUUCUGCUAUGACAACUCCUCCCUUAGACAUCCAACGCUCUAACCCAGUGCCACCGUCAACACUUGCUUCUUCUUUGGCCUUUGCUUCUCCAGAAGAUCAGCACGCGAUGCUUGGAGAGCAGUUAUUUCCACUAGUGGAACACAUUGAACGUGAUCAUGCUGGUAAAGUUACUGGAAUGUUGCUUGAGAUGGAUCAGACUGAGGUGCUUCAUCUCAUUGAGUCCCCUGAUGCUCUUAAGGAGAAAGUCUCCGAGGCUAUGGAUGUUCUUCGCGUGGAGCCAGAUAGUGUUGGUGAUAAAUUUGGAUCGCUCACUCUGAAUGAAUGAAGCAAAUAUGUCCCUAAAUUGGCCCGUAUUUUGGAAGGGGUGAUGGUGGUGACUUAGGGAGUCUGGUUUUCUUAUGGUAUUUAAUGACAUUCUUUGUAGGCUUAAGAUUUUAGCAAAGAGUGCUUCUUCUAGG